AGGAACAUGUCUGCCGCUGCUUUGGAGGAAAUCGGUAUUGCUCCAUUACAGGAGAAUACUUCUCUCCGUCCGCCACCACUUCCAGCCACCUGCGUUGAUGUAUCAUCAGACGACUAUAUCAAGCUUACAACGCUGGAACGUCAACUGGCGCAUCUUCAAGUUAUGGAGGACUAUAUCAAGCUGGAGACAAGAAACCUUGAAAAAGAAUUGCUUCAUGCUCAGGAAGAAGUGAAGCGUAUUCAAUCUGUGCCACUUGUCAUUGGACAAUUCCUGGAAGCUGUGGACCAAAACCAUGCUAUCGUUGGAAGCACCACCGGAUCCAACUAUUAUGUCCGUGUUCUAUCGAUUUUGGAUCGUGAGCUGCUUAAGCCAGGAUGUUCGGUGGCCCUUCAUAAAUAUUCAAACGCACUUGUUGAUGUUCUUCCACCAGAGGCUGACAGCUCCAUUCAAAUGCUUCGUCCUGAUGAGAAACCUGACAUCUCUUAUGGAGAUAUUGGAGGUCUUGAUAUGCAGAAGCAAGAAGUCAGAGAAGCUGUCGAACUUCCAUUGACUCAUGGAGAACUUUAUCAACAAAUCGGAAUUGACCCCCCAAGAGGAGUUCUCAUGUAUGGACCACCAGGAUGUGGAAAGACUAUGUUGGCGAAGGCUGUUGCUGCAAAUACUGCUGCUUCCUUCAUUCGCGUUGUUGGAUCUGAGUUUGUACAGAAAUAUCUUGGAGAAGGACCACGAAUGGUGCGUGACGUCUUCCGUCUGGCAAAGGAAAACAGCCCAUCUAUUAUUUUUAUCGAUGAAAUUGACGCGAUUGCUACGAAACGUUUCGAUGCUCAAACCGGAGCAGAUCGUGAGGUUCAACGUAUUCUUCUCGAAUUGCUCAAUCAAAUGGACGGUUUUGAUCAAAGCACUAAUGUGAAAGUUAUCAUGGCCACUAAUCGACAGGAUACUCUCGAUCCUGCACUUCUUCGUCCAGGUCGUCUCGAUCGUAAGAUUGAGUUCCCAUUGCCAGAUCGUCGUCAAAAGCGUCUCGUAUUCUCAACCGUCUGCUCUCGUAUGAACCUGUCGGAUGAUGUUGAUUUGGAAGACUGGGUUGCUCGUCCAGACAAGAUUUCAGGAGCUGAUAUCAACUCUAUCUGUCAAGAAGCUGGUAUGCAAGCCGUUCGUGAGAAUCGUUACGUUGUGCUUACCAAGGAUCUUGAGAAGGCCUACAAGAAUGUUGUGAAGAAGGAUACCAACGAUUUCGAGUUCUACAAGUAAACCACGAGUUACUCUCCGAUGACCCUCCAGUUCGUCCUGUGAACCAUAUUUUUACUAUAAUUUAUUGUAUUUACACCGUGUCUCGCAUAAACAAUUUGCUCUUC